AUGUCUGGUCCUGGCAAAACCGGAGGCAAAGGGUAUGCCAAGGCCAAGACUCGCUCCUCCAAGCCGGUCUCCAGUUCCCCGUUGGCCGUAUCCACCAAGGGUCACUAUGCCGAGCGUGUUGGGGGUGGAACCCCUGUCUACUUGGCCACCGCCCUUGAGUACCUGACCGCCGAGAUCCUCGAACUGGCCGGCAACACAGCCCGGGACAACAAGAGGACACAUCACUCACGAUGGCUUAAAAGGAGCCCUGAAGAUCCAAGAAGGCAGCCGAAGUUGAUGACUCCAUGCUGCAAAGGGGCAAAGGUCAAAGGCCAAAGCGCUGAAAAUGUGCUUGUGGUGGUACUUGAGUGUGCUUAUGAACCCUGGGGAACAGAAUCCCAGACAACAAAAUUGAAACACUGUGAAGUGUGCCGUCAUUGA